CUGCACCUAUGAAGUUGAAGAAGGUAUAGUCUGGUUUCAUGUUUUUAUUCGUCUUCUUUUUGAUGCUAUCGAGCUCCCAUUGACAAAGCUUUUUGUCGCUUUCUAUCCAUUUUAUAGCUGACGUUGAUGGAUGCCCCUAUUGGUCGCGUUCAUCUUCCACGGGGCAUGUCUGGUCUUGUUGGAGCUCCCGAAGGCCAGCAGGCACCGGCCAGGAAGGACCUGGCAGUGUUCUUGAGGAGUAGUGCUGAAUUCGAGGCGAUGCACCAGCUCUUUGUGCGCUAGUUAAACUUCCGACGAGAAAUAAAAAAAAAUAAAAAAGUUCCCCGCAACUUGUGCGUCUUUCCUGGCGCCAGUCGUUAUUUUCCAG